GCUUUUCCCUCUCUCUCUCUCUCUCUCUGUGUGAUGAUACCCCUUCUGGCCUUGGAGUCUUUGCCUGUCCAUCCUUCUCCAGUCUCUUUUUUUGGGACCACUCAGCUUUGAGGCCUCGCAAAGAGAGCCUCUCUUUCUCCCCCCCCCCUCUACUGGGUUUUCUCAUAGAAAACCCGGUUGGGAGGGCUUCGAGCCAUGGAAUCCAUCUUCUCAGGUGGACGAGCAAGAUCCCUCAUAAUUACUGUUACCUGAAAGCAUGUUGAAGUGACAUCCCAAAGUGAGUGAAUUGGGAAGCCCAGGCCAUUUGAGGUUUAGAGAGGCUGUUAGAAAUCAUUACUGGUUUUGUGAUUGAUCCUGCAAAAUGCAGUGACUUGAGUUUAGAGGAGAAGAGAGAGCUAGUGCAUGAAAUUUCAAAGUGGGCAGACAAUGCCCCUGAAAUUCUUCAGUCCUGGAGUCGUAGAGAGCUUCUUCAACUCAUCUGUGCUGAGAUGGGCAAGGAGAGGAAAUAUACUGGGGUCACAAAACCUAAAAUGAUCGAGCAUCUGCUUAGGCUGGUGUCACAGAAGAAUGGAAGAAAGAAUGAUGAUAAACCAAGCAUUUCAUCAGCCACACUAGACAACCCAAAUGGAUUAAAGAAGAAGAGAAAAAAAGAACAACCAUUAGAACUUGAAACUGAUGUAACUCAUGAUCCUUUGAAGAGAAAGGAAGAGCAAGUUGACACAUUGAUCUGUCAAAAUCUUGCUUGCCGAGCCGCUCUGAGCUUAGUGGAUGGAUACUGUAAGCGGUGUUCUUGCUGCAUCUGUUAUCGCUAUGAUGACAACAAGGACCCUACUCUAUGGUUGGUUUGCAAUUCUGAUCCUCCUUACCAGAGUACUUCAUGUGGUAUAUCCUACCACCUGAAAUGUGCUCUUAAACAUGAGAGGGCUGGCAUUUUGAAGACUGGGUGUUAUCCAAAGUUGGAUGGCAGUUUUUAUUGUGUUUUCUGUGGAAAAAUCAAUUGGCUGAUACGAAGCUGGCAAAAACAACUAUUGAUUGCCAAGGAUGCAAGAAGAGUUGACAUAUUAUGUGAUCGAUUAUCCUUGAGCCACAAAAUGCUUAAAGGAACUGAGCGUUAUAAAGAAAUGCAAAAUAUUGUGAAUACAGCUGUGAAGAAACUCAAGAAAGAAGUUGGACCUCUCGACAAAGUUUCCACAGUCAUGGCAAGGGGCAUUGUCAACAGGCUUAAUUGUGGUGCAGAGGUUCAGAAACUAUGUGCUUCUGCAGUGGAAGCAGCAGAUUCCAUACUUUCUAGCUCAACAGGCCUCUUGGCUGAUAAAGACCUAAAAGCCCCAGGAUCAGUUAUCACAGGUUCCCUGGCUUUCCAAAUCCAUUUUGAAGACAUCUCUCCAUUUUCUGUGGUUGUUUCCCUUCACUCCAGAGACAAUAUGUUUGAAGAAAAUAUCAUUGGUUGCACUCUGUGGCAUCGAAACUCUGAUGCCAUGGAUUAUCCUGAAGAACCCACCUGCCUUAUCCUAAGGCCAGAUACAAAGAUCAUGAUAUCAGGACUGAGCCCGUCAACUGAAUAUUAUUUCAAGGUGUCUCCUUUCAGCAGCACCAAGGAAUUAGGGAAGUGGGAGGCUAAGUGUGUGACGCAGAACCUUAAUGGGAACAGCGGCCAUUGCUCCACUCCAUACUCAGAUAGCACUUAUAUUGAUGAUGAUCUUAUUUCAGCUUUAAAAAAGCAACAGGACAUGAGUGAGCCACCUGUGAUCAUUCAAUCAGAUUCACAGAGAGGUUCAACAAACUCGAGUGAUAACAACCAGGCUCCACAACUCCCAAAGUGCAACCACAGUAACCAUCCUAAGGUUGUCCCAUCAGAGGGCAUCAGUGACAACAAUGACAGAAAUCUGCGGCCAUCUUCAGAGACUCUACCUUUUGUCAGCUCUAAAUCUGUUCCCUUGGAAAUGCCUCGCAAAUCUGAUAGGCUUAACAGUACACCAGAUUCUGCCAAUAAGAAGGAAUCAGCAGAAAGGGAGUAUGAGUACUGUGUAAAGGUGAUCAGAUGGUUGGAAUGCGAGGGACACAUGGAGAAGGAGUUCCGCGUGAAAUUCCUCACAUGGUUCAGUUUGAAAGCAACAGCACAAGAAAGAAGGGUGGUGAGUGCAUUCAUAGAUGUUCUUAUAGAUGAACCUGCGAGUCUGGUAGCUCAGCUGGUCGAUGCUUUCAUGGAUGGUAUAUGUAAUAAGGAGAAGCCGGUCAUUCGGAAAGGUUUCUGCACCAGGUUAUGGCAUUAGGCUUGGGGUCCUACAGGUGGCCAUUUAUUUUGUGGAUCUUUAGGAGCCACAAAGCAACUUCACUUGGAAAAUGCAAUGCUUCUGUGGAACUCCAUUAAGAUUCCAAAACAAAAAAUUUCAUUUUAUUAAAUUGUUGAUGAUCAUUUUGCCUUCUUAGGAGAAGCAUGUUACUGGAAAAGGGGUCUACAGUUGGAGGCCCCAUUGGCUGUUAGGUUCUUCAGGAUCUAUUUUCCUGUUUCACACUAGCUGCCCAUUGUGGCUAUUUGAUCCCAUUUUGGAAUUUGAUUUAGAUGUUGGAUGUGGUACUCUA